AGUGUGGCCAGUUUACUUUGCUGCUCCGGACAAGAAAAAAAAAAAAAAAAAAAAAAAUCUAUUUUUGGCCAGUUUUCCUUUGAUAAUAAAAAAAAAAAUCAGGAGAUAUCCAUUACCAUUUACCACCAAAUGAAAGCCCAAUUUGUCCUGAAAAAAUCAAGGUAUAAUCCACCUGGAUGUGCAAAGUAGUUGUGAUGAUAUGGACGGUUUUGCUAUCACAUGUCAAAGGUGCAAAAUUGUGCUUAGGCAUUUAGAUUUGUUUUACCCUUAGGCGUGAAGGGGUUAA